AAAAUUCCACCGUGGCUCAAAACCCUAAUCCAAAUCUAGGGCUUCGAUCUUCUGCCGGAUUACUGAUCUUUGAUCCCAUAGGUUCCGACUCCCGAGCAAACUCGACAAUGGCGACGCAGAGCAACAUUAGCAAAAAGCGCAAGUUUGUAGCUGAUGGAGUGUUUUACGCGGAGUUGAACGAGGUGUUGAUGCGUGAGUUGGCGGAGGAUGGAUAUUCAGGGGUUGAGGUUAGGGUAACUCCCAUGAGAACUGAGAUCAUCAUCCGCGCGACGCGCACCCAGAACGUUCUUGGGGAAAAGGGGAGGAGGAUUAGAGAGCUGACUUCCGUGGUCCAAAAGAGGUUUAAGUUCCCUGAGAGCACUAUUGAGCUGUAUGCCGAGAAGGUCAACAACAGGGGGCUUUCUGCCAUUGCCCAGGCCGAGUCUCUUCGAUAUAAACUACUUGGUGGUCUUGCUGUCAGGCGGGCUUGCUACGGUGUACUGCGAUUUGUCAUGGAGAGUGGAGCCAAGGGCUGUGAGGUGAUUGUUAGUGGAAAAUUAAGGGCUCAGCGUGCCAAGUCCAUGAAGUUCAAAGACGGGUAUAUGAUUUCAUCUGGUCAGCCUGUGAAACAAUACAUCGACUCUGCUGUUAGACAUGUUCUGCUCAGACAGGGAGUUCUUGGCAUCAAGGUUAAGAUCAUGCUCGCCUGGGAUUCCAAGGGAAAGGUUGGUCCGACAACUCCACUCCCAGAUUUUGUGAAAAUCCAUAUCCCCAAAGAUGAAGUUUUGAGGCCAGCCAUUGUGCCGACGGAAGUCGAGCUGGAAGCUUAGAGGACAGCUACACCAGUUAUUUGUUUCCCAGUUCCUUAGAAAUAUUUUUUUCAAAGAUGAGACCAAUCUAGAAUAAUAUUAUUGCCAAUUCCUUCCUUGUGGCAAUAAGUUUUGUUUGCAUUGAACCAACCAUAAUGUUUUACCAUUUUCAUCAGUUUCAAACGUGAGUUAUAUUUUUGCUAGUGUUAUUUUCCAA